AAAGAACUACACUUCCCGGCAUGCACUGGGGCCAAACAACAUGGUCGCACACAACACAAGCUCCUGACGACUGAGUGUGUACAAUUUGCAGCGAUGCUGAAUUUCUUGCUCGUUGUUUUACUUUUCCUUACACCAGUGUCGACCUCGGACAUCGAAGUCUCUCAGGACGAGCACAGCCCCGGUGAGAGCUAUUUCCUGUCGGUAUGGCACAACAGGCUGUACUUGUACUCAGCUGCUGCACUUGUCUUUGGGAUCUGGUUCUCGCUGAAGAUGGCACUGAAGAAGAAAAGCUUCUCCGAGGAUGUCGGCCCACUGGUCUACAAAGCUGUGACGAACAGCGACCGCUCGGACAGAGACACUGUGGUUCAUGUGUCAGGAGUUAGAAUCUUCUUUGGCUCACAAACUGGAACAGCAAAGGGCUUCGCAAACGAGUUGUCGGAGGAGGUGAAAACUUUGGGGAUACCAGCUGAGGUGACUGACAUGAGAGACUACGAUCCAGAUGAUCAACUUGCUGAUGAGUGCACCAGUAAGUCGGUCUGCGUGUUUCUUGUGGCCACAUACACCGAUGGACAGCCCACAGAGAAUGCUGAGUGGUUCUGUAAGUGGCUGGAAGAGGCAUCCACUGAUUUCCGAUAUGGGAAGACCUUCCUCAAAGGCCUCAGAUAUGCAGUGUUCGGUCUUGGCAACUCUGUCUACGAUGGCCACUAUAACACGGUGGGUAAGAAUGUGGACAAGUGGCUUUGGAUGCUGAGUGGCAUGCGGAUCAUGACCAGGGGAGAGGGCGACUGUAAUGUGGUGAAAAGCCGUAAUGGCAGCAUCCAGGCAGACUUCCUGGCCUGGAAGGUCAAGUUCCUGAACCGGCUGCAGGCCCUGGCCAAGGGCGAGAAGAAGGGCUGCCGCGGGGACUGCAAAACUGGAGCCUCCUGUAAGAAUACGAGAAAAGAGGAGCAGGUGGUGGAGGAAAAGGCCAACUCUGAGGAAGAUCUGAUGGAAUCCAGCAGUGACGAGGAUGAGUCAGGCCUGCAAGAUGAGAAGAAGUCAGGUUCAGUGGUGGACAUGGAGGAUCUGGGCAACAUCAUAAACAUUGCCAAGAAAGCCAAGAGCAAAGAGGAGGGUGGAGGAGGCGGCCAGGUGGUGAAGCUAUCCAAGAUGAAUGGAGUGAAGAAGAUUGAGGAUGAAGGGGAAAAAAGAGAGAUGAUCACUCCUGCCCUCAGAGAAGCACUGACGAAGCAAGGGUACAGACUAAUUGGAAGCCACUCAGGAGUGAAGCUUUGUCGAUGGACCAAGUCUAUGUUGCGAGGGAGAGGCGGCUGCUACAAGCACACUUUCUACGGAAUUGAGUCCCACCGCUGCAUGGAAACCACCCCCAGCCUCGCCUGCGCUAACAAGUGUGUCUUCUGCUGGAGACAUCACACCAAUCCUGUGGGCACAGAGUGGCGCUGGAAGAUGGACCCUGCCGAGAAGAUCCUGCAGGACGCCGUGGAGAAUCACCAGAACAUGAUCCGACAGUUCAGAGGUGUUCCAGGAGUGAAGCCCGAACGAUAUGAGGAGGGCUUGGCAGUCAAGCACUGUGCCCUCUCCCUGGUGGGUGAGCCUAUCAUGUACCCUGAAAUCAACACCUUUCUCCGCCUCCUCCACUCCCAACACAUCUCCAGUUUUCUGGUCACCAAUGCACAGUUCCCACAGGAAAUCAGGACGCUGGUGCCAGUGACCCAGUUGUACGUGAGCGUGGACGCGAGCACCAAAGACAGUCUGAAGAAGAUUGACCGGCCACUUUUCAAGGACUUCUGGCCACGCUUCCUGGACAGCCUCAGGGCCCUGGGAGAGAAGAGACAGAGGACGGUGUACAGAUUGACGCUGGUGAAGGCCUGGAACGUGGAGGAGAUGCAGGCCUACUCGGAGCUCAUUGCUUUGGGCCAGCCGGACUUCAUUGAGGUCAAGGGGGUGACGUACUGUGGGGAAAGCUCUGCCAGCACUCUGACCAUGGCUAACGUCCCCUGGCACCAGGAGGUGGUCGUCUUCGUCCAGCAGCUCGCUGACAUGUUGCCUCAGUAUGAGAUCGCCUGUGAGCAUGAGCACUCCAACUGUUUGCUCAUCGCACACACCAAGUGUGAAGAAAAAACAGAUCUACACAAUUCAGACGAACCUCCCGAUCUCCAUCAAAGAUUUGAAGACUUACAGAUCACUGCUGGACUUUUUCCUGCCUUCAGAUCAUGUCAGCAGAAUGAGAGGAACAGGAAGACGACCUGUUAUUGCAAAAUAAGAGCUCACGCAUCCUUUAAUCCGAGUCUCUCCCACCUUCUGCAGACAACAAGGGGAAACCUGCCGUUGUUUCAGCUGAGCGCUGCUGAGUGCUGGGAAAGUAGAGGUCACGUUCUUCACCACCCCGCAAUGGUUUGGAAAACAGUUCAAGGUGGCUGGCGAGUGGUGGACGUGGAUCGACUACGAGCGCUUCCAGGAGUUGGUUCAGGCCCACGGAGACAGCGGCGGACAGCAGAGCUUCUGUGCCCUGGACUACAUGGCCAAGACUCCAGGCUGGGCUCUGUUCGGAGCCUGCGAGCAGGGAUUUGACCCUGCCGACAUGCGCUUCAAACGACGCAACAAAGCCAAAGACAUCUCAGGUUGCUGAUAGAUGAGCGAGAGGGAGAGAGGUAGGAUCUACAGAGCGGGGUUACAGAUAUCUAUUGCAAGAAAAUGAGCUUCAAUGUUUUCAUUCCUGGACACUUUGAGUGGACAAUUUUUGCUGGACGGCCUUUUCACAGUCCGGAGCUAAACUCGUUCUCCUCUACACUGAAACUCUGUGUCCCUCUUCGUUUCUCUUCAAUUUGUCGAAUCAAUUCUCUCUCACCUGUUUUCUAGACAUUCCCUUUCGCAUUUACUUUAAGUGCUUCUUUUGGUUCGUAUAUAUGUACAUAUUUCUUUGAUAUUUCCCUCUUUCUUUUUGAACGGGUCAUUAUUGUAAAUGUCUUUGGCUUUGAUCUUUAUAAUCAUCCGGACGGCACUCGGGGAGGUUUCACACCUUUUAAGUUGAACCUGGCAGUGGAUUCACAUCACCAUCCAAAUUUCUAAUAUUUUGCAUAGCCCUGCUGUGUUGCACGGGACACGAUUAGCAUGCGAACGUCUAUUUUCACUUCCCGUGUCCUUCCGUGGGAGUUGCACAUCUUUCCCAGACACCUUUUGCUCUUCCACCCACUCAUUAGGACAGUGGCUGUGUUUUAGUUGGCAUCGAGAGAAAAGCAUCGCAGCUACAUCUCCACUGGGAGAGUCUCUUCACCGAACAGGCUUCUUAUUGCUCUUUGUUUUGUUCUUUCCUCAGAGUACAAACGUGUCUCUGUUGCACAAUACAAUUCAGUGUCAGCUUUGCUUGGAUUUACUGCUCCAAGCCUGGAUAGUAAUAAUUAUUGCAGCUGUUGGCAUGUUUUCUGUAGAUUAGUUUAAAACAGGUGGGCAAUAUUUAAAAAAUGAUUAAACAUCAUAAUUAAUGCAUUUGACUUAUUUGGGUACUUUGUUUUAGAAAAUAUGGCAACAUUUUGGGCACAACCAUUUGAUAGAGUAGGGAUUACAGUCUCAGGGAAAAAAAAGCCAAUAACAGAUAUUUAAUACAAUAAAGUAGGUCAGGGCCCUGUAUCUUAUACAAUUAUAUCUUGUUGCAGUUCAAGAGAGAAUAAAUCACAUUUUAAGCAGUAAUAGAAAUGCGAUCACCAUAUUCUCAGACAAAGCCCAGAGGCCCAUAUAAUGUGUCUGUAUAUAUUUAGCUCUUAGUUAAAUAGACACAGCACUGCAAACAGAGAUACAUACAACAUAUGUACAGCAUUCAAACUAAUCCACGUUUAGCCGCCAUCCAGGAAAAACGUACGAUGUAUGUGUGGUGAUGCAGCUUCACGCCGGGCCAACUCACGUUAUGUACUCCUCCUCAAGUCCAGUAGGUGAGAAAAAAGCUGUUACUGAUAUUUUAGUCCAUUAUGAGUUGUUGUAUUUGAAUGUAAAUGUAGACAUGUAACAUAUUCUUUUGUCAGAUCUCCUGUUGGGAAAUAGCAGGUCUUUGGUUACAUCACUGUAAUAAAUGUGUUUUGAAAAAUC